CUCUACGUCCGCAACAUCUCUCGGAAGGGAUUAGCUUUCGCUCAGUAUUGAAAAUUCGUACGGCACAAGUGAUUCGUAGCUGUCAAACUACGUGAUCUCACUGUAGAUUCGGAGUAGUGAAUGAGUGUGUGAAUUAUAAUUUGCAGAAAUUACUAACAAACAGCGAAUGGGAUAAACGUAAAGGGCCGCGUCGUUUCGCUGCUCAGGUCCAGAGAAAGUCGCGGAGUGUUCGAUUCGCACCACCGAUGGCAGAUCACGAUAACAUUUACGACGACGAGGAGCUAGUUUCAGCCAAUCCAAUCAAAGGAAUUGGCGUGGGGAUUUUAAUCGCGUUGCUCGUGAUCGUCGCGGUCCUAGCCCUUAUUGUUACAUCUGUCGCUUUGCUUACACCUCCCGAUGACGGCCCCAGAGUACGAGGAUCGCGAUUACGACUCUCCGAGGUGCUUUCCGGAGAAUACUCCUUAUUAUUUAAUGGAUCCUGGGCGAGUGAUUGUCAUAUAUGCUACCGAGAUACUUGGGGUGGUAUUUCAUUGUUGGAUGCUUCGGAUGCAAACAUUGUGUUGCAUAGUUUAAUGCCGAAUGAAACAUUUAGACGACUGAAUCCAGUAAAAUUUUCCUUAUCACCGGAUCAUCGAUAUUUACUUCUUGCAAAUGUGAAGAAAUUGUUUCGUUAUUCGUAUCUAGCUCAGUACGUCAUUUAUGACGUCAAGUCACGAGAGUGCACUGUGUUAACUCCUCAUCCUGAAAAAGAUGUUCACCCGUAUCUUCUGCUAGCGCAAUGGACUCCGAGUGGACACGGACUCGUCAUGGUACAGGACUACGAUAUUUAUUAUAUGACAGCUCCUAUGAGCGACACUGGGUAUCGCGUAACAAAUACCGCGGUACCUGGUAUAUUGUCCAAUGGCGUACCAGAUUGGCUAUAUGAAGAAGAGAUAUUGCAUAGUGGAGAAGCAAUCUGGAUGUCACCGGAUGGUCAUAUGAUGCUUUACGCCUCGUUUAAUGAUUCUCUCGUAGAAGAGAUGCACAUUUCAUGGUUUGGAGAGGGAAAUAAGGCUCUAUAUCCUGAUAUACGAUCAUUAAGGUAUCCUAAGCCAGGAACGCCAAAUCCUUUGGUACGACUGUAUGUUGCCGAUUUAGCUGAUCCGAAAAAUAUUCGUACGAAGGUAGUGAAACCACCGUCUAUCAUCGAGCACAUGGAUCAUUACUUUUCAACAGCUUCUUGGGUAUCUCAAACAGAAGUCUGCAUAACAUGGUUGACGCGCGCCCAGAAUCUUUCAUUGGUGACAAUCUGUAAAAGUCCAAUGUGGCACUGUCAGGUUCGAAUACAAAGGAUAACGAGCGAGGAUCGCGGAUGGGUGGACACUCCUCCGGAGGUCCCUGUUUUUUCAGCAAAUGCUAGCAGUUAUGUCGCGAUAAGUCCUGUAAAAGACGGACCGGCGGGAUAUUACAAGCAUAUAAUCUGGGCUAAUGUGCUCCGAAAACAAAUAGUGCCUUUGACUCAUGGGAAAUUUGAAGUUGUGAAGAUUUUAGUAUGGGACCAAGUGAACAAUACUAUAUAUUUCAUCGGUAUUCCAUCCAUGAGACCGGGCCAGAGACAUCUCUAUCGUGUGAGCUCCACUCUUCCUCAAGAAGGAACGCCUUUACCUCCUGCUAUAUGCCUCACGUGUACCGUCUCAUCCGAUGUGAUGAACAAUGAUGAAAGCGAACAUCGGACUAGUUCUUCGAAUGCUCAUCAGAAUGGUCAGGCCAAUUCAAAUGAAUGGCAUCAGGAUCAUUAUGAGAGUCAAACGGACAAUAAGGAAAAUCGCCAAGCAAAAGAUACUUCCAAAAAAAACAAGUCAAAAAACAAGAAUACUUCAAAGAUUCUUAACAGCCGGCUUUAUUGGUAAUCCACGACAAUAAUACCGACCGCCUGGUGCCGAUGGUGCGGCAUUCUCGAAUCUAAAGCCUACUUCUUCUUUUGUACCAUUUUCUUGCCGUCUUAAGUGUGUGAGUGCUGACAGAGA